AUGUUGGAGAAAAUUCGAAGAGAGAAAGACAAAGGUGAAUGGAUGCGUCAGCGAGUCAGGGAUGACCUUCACAGGAUAUGGGCAAACCCAGAGUACGUGAAGAAAAGGGAGAAGGGAAAGAUGAACCGAUUAUCUUAUAUUGGCAAAAUAGUUCAUACUUGUGGCUCUAUUCUACACUUGGAGCAUUACAAGAGAUUGAAAAAAGAAUAUGGUCGGGUUUCUUCAAUAACUACAAGUCCACAUAGGCAUCGACCUCAGAGGGUGGACUCGAGUCAUAUUUUGAGCCGCGGUUUCAUGGAGGUGAUUAGGGGCUUCAAUAAGAAAGUUCUUGUCUACGGUCUUGGAUUAGAGGCGCAUUGUCUGUGUUGUUUGUCUUCUUCGUCCAGUGAACGAUCCAGAUGA